ACAAACAAGAUAAUGAUAAAUACUUUUUAAAGUAAUUUACUUUUAUGUUAUAGGCAUUGUAACUUUAAUUUAUCCACGGUGAAUGGUUCAGAUUACUUAAAUUGUUAGCAGAAAAAAUAGGCAGAAUAUUUGACUAUUCAUGUUUAAUAUAUAUUGUAAGAUUUAUCGAGAAACAAAAUCAAUAUAUGUAUAACCUUUUUAUAAUAAUAAUAAUAAUAAUAAAGAGAGCUGUGUGAAUUAAUGGAGGUACGCUAGAAAGAGAUCCAAAAAUAGGAUGUUGGCUGUGUUACCCGGCCGAACACAUGAUAACAAAACUAUAUAUGUUUAAAAAUAGGAUGUGUAAUCAUGUUCUCUAACCCAAUACAAUAAAAAAAAUUAUAAUAAUAAUAAUAUAAAAAAAAAAACUGCCGAGAGAUGCGUUGUCAUAAGAAAAUUUCUAACAUGUGAACACCCAACCUUUCUUGGUAAACUCUAAUAUUAUCAUUAUAUCGUUUCCACGAAAACUAACUUUUCUCUACUCCAUCAAAUUAUAUUAUAUACGCUCGCCAAUAUUAUCGCACCCAUUACAAGCGCUCCCCCAUUUCCCCAUGGAGGGGCGGGUCUCCGCCGCUGCCGACAUCGAUGAAGUCGACCCUUCGUCCUCAUCAUCACCAGCAGCAGCACCGCCACCCAGCCACGCAGUACGGCGGUCAGAAACGUACGUAAUCCAAAUCCCCAAGGACCAAAUUUAUCGUGUACCGCCUCCUGAGAAUGCUCGAGUCGCGGAACGUUUACGUAAACCUGUAAGUUCGAAAGCUACUAAGAGCAGCCGCCGUGUAUGCCUAUGCUUGCUAUGCAUGGGAAUAACGUUACUGGUGAUGGGGUUCGUAUUUGGGUUAACUCUGUUGGUUAUGUUCUGUUCUUUGAGCCUUAAAGCUCCUAAGUUCUCAGUCGAAAAUGUCCAAGUCUUGAAUCACCCUGAAUAUAAUAAUGAGGGGUUAAUUAAAAAUAGUAGUAGUAUACAGUCGUACGCGGUGUACGUGAAGGUGGACAACACAAACUCCAACACUGGAAUCUCGUACCAACGCGAAGGGAGCGUCACGUCGAUGACGUUUCGAGGUAAGAACAUUGGUAAGGGAACGUAUCCAACGAUGUUUCAAGGAGGAGAUUUUAACAGCACCACCGUACGACUUGUCCUCGAUGGAUCAAAGGGAGUACAUUUUAAACGUGACGGAGAUAAUAAUAAUAAUAAUAAGUUACCGAUUUCGCUGAGUUUGAAAUUAGAUAUUCCUAUUCGGAUGUACGUUUGGAUCUUGGAGAUUUGGAAGAAAGAGAUUUUGGUUGGUUGCAAGGUCAAGUUAAAGGAUUUGGAGACAAAGAAUUCUAAAGUAAUUCGGGGAGCAUGUCAUACCAAGUUCAGGUCUUAAGAUAUAUGAGAAAUAUAUGAUGUAAUGUUAUUUUU